CCCCGGCCUCACCCCCUUGCGGGGCGGGGCCGCGCCGUCCUCUCGCGAUACCUCGCUCGUGCCCUUGUCGCCAUGGCGGGCUAUUGGGACGGGCCCGAGGGCGAGCAGUGCCCGCAGCGCACCUGGCUCGCCACGCGCGUGGGCGCGGCCGCGGGCCUGGUCGGAGCGGCGUAUCGCAUCAUCCUGCUGCGGCCCGGCUCGGCUCUGGCCGCACUGCAGACGGCGGCGGCGGACAGUGUCACGAUGGCUACACUGGGAGCUGUGUUUGGCUUGAGUACCUGUCUCAGUGCCCAAGUCCGGGAGGAACCAGAGGAUCCUUUGAACUAUUUCGUAGGCGGCUGUGCAGCAGGAGCUGUCUUGGGAGUGAGAGCUCACAGUUACCUCACUGGCACCACAGCAUGUCUGGGGCUCGGAAUCACUGCAGCUCUCAUGAAGAUCGGUAACAAGGAGGGCUGGAGGCUGACCGGACCUCCCAAGCUGUAAAUGUCACCUUUCCCUCUGUGAGCUGGCUUCCAAACGCUGUAUGUACUUAGGAUGUCAUGUAAUAAAGAUUUGGUCCAAUCAGCAAUUGUCACAA